AUGGUGCCCGCUCUGUGUGAGUUUGAAGCAUCAGCCAUGGUUCCCGCUCUGUGUGAGUGUGAAGCUCCAGCCAUGGUCCCGGUUCUGUGUGAGUGUGAAGUUUCAGCCAUGGUCCCCGCUCUGUGUGAGUGUGAAGCUUCAGCCAUGGUCCCGGUUCUGUGUGAGUGUGAAGCUUCAGCCAUGGUCCCCGCUCUGUGUGAGUGUGAAGCUUCAGCCAUGGUCCCGGUUCUGUGUGAGUGUGAAGCUUCAGCCAUGGUCCCCGCUCUGUGUGAGUGUGAAGCUUCAGCCAUGGUCCCCGCUCUGUGUGAGUGUGUAGCUCCAGCCAUGGUCCCUGUUCUGUGUGAGUGUGUGGAGGAAUGUGCUUCAUGA